ACAGCUUGUGUGGAUUAUAAACUGAGCGUUGUGUUGUCUGGAUAUUUAAUAACCGAAGUGGGGCUACGUGGCGGCGCGUUAGCGGCGAGUUCCGGCGAUUUGUAUGCUUUGCGGCGUUUGCAAUGCUACAGCGUUAGCACGCAGGCUAACAGUGUUAACGACCGGGAUGUGUGUAAUAGCUGGAACGCAUCGGAACGCCCUCGAAGCUGCCUGCCGCUAGCUGGCUUUACCCCUGAACGCUAACACCCGGCUAUUUACGGGUAGUGUGAUAUACUGUUUGCCUUCCCUGGCUUUUUUUUUUAAUCAAAUCUCAAUGGGCCGUAGACCGCUGUGCUAUUGAUAAAUCAACAUUUAACAUGCAGUACGUGUUUGUUUGCCCCAUUUAAUGGGAUAUUGUUGAAAGUACGACACCCCUUGUGUCAGUGUAGUCGGUGCUUAGUUACAGGAUUGACUGGCGUUUAUUUAGGCGCGUAGAAAGAGAAACGUCAAAAAAAGAUGCAAUGUUUUCAUUAUUGCGGCUUUCUGUAGAUCUGUCUUGUAUUUCAUCCGCGUUUGCAAUGUUACUUUGUCCAUCGGUUUGCUGGGGGGGUAAUUCGACAAGAGUAUUGGCGUCCUUGUUUGUGGGGUAAGAUGACUCACGCGGGAUAGAGCGCAUUAGCAGGCUAACUAUAGCCAUGUAGAGCAAGCUAAUAGGUCUGCCUCUGCGAGCAACCGGCGGCGCUGAGUAUUUGCUGGAGUGGGUCAGCUAGUGUAAAAGCUAGCAGGAUAACAGAAGCCGGGAGCAUCUCGGGCUAUUUGAAUUUCUGAGGGGAAAUAUCAGUGUUGCAUGGUGGAUUUCUCGUAUUCGUUAUUCUAAGAUGGCUUGCUGCAAGAUGGAGAGUGAUACGAAGCUUUAGUUAAAUGGGUCAUGCAAGAUUUGUAUGCUUUUAUUCGUGAAUCACAAACAAUCGGCGAUAGCCAUGACAUAUUUUGAAAGAGACGCCGGAGUGUUGGUUCAGUUAACAUACCUGGAUGUGUGCUGUUGUCAUGUUUAUGGUUGUUGAAACGUGGAUUUAAAGUGUGUCAAGGCUCACGAUGACAAAGAUGCUAGACCUGCUCAGUGUAAUAGGCCAAAGGCAGACAGAGGGAAACCUUUGUCCGCUUACGUUAUAGGAUUAUACAUCUAACACAGGUUACAGUGUGGAUUAGAUUAAUGAAAGGUAGAUUAAUGAAAUGACCUGCUGUGAAUUCAGAUUAUAUAUGCCCUGGUGACUCCUGUCCUCCUUAACUAUGACAACAGUGUGUAGCAGCAACAUAUUGUUUGUGGGUGAAUUGAAUGAAAUCCUCUUAUUGAUUACAAAGGUGUUAUCUAAAUAGAGUGGAGUAAGAAUCAGUGGAAGAGGUAGCUGAUUGAUACAAGUCCAGUUGCAUUCAUUUCUUUUGCCAUUUUGUUUUAAGAUUGCACAGUAGCCUAUUGUCUCUCUGCAGUGAAAUAAGAUGUUAUCCAGCAUUAGAGAAAUGUAAUUUUCCAGGCCAACUUGGUGAAAAUUGUUUGCCUUCAUUCUACCUGUGAGCUGUGGUGCAGCUAUGUAUAGUUUAGUGGUAAUUAUGUGAUGGAAUGCUAAUUAGUAUUGAUUCACACACGUCACAUUAUACUCUUAUAUAUAUUCUGUCACUGCUUGUAAGAGGUACUUCAAGGUCAUAUAAUAAGCACCCCCUUGUCUUAUUAUAUAGUCAUAUGAUAGCCUUUCACCUAAUUUGGUGCUUGGAUGACUUGCCUUCAUCUUCUCUUAACAGACAAGCCUGCCAUAGCGCCUCCUGUCUUUGUUUUCCAAAAAGAUAAAGCACAGAAGCGAUCUGCGGAGGGCUCAAGUGCAGAGGAUGGAGAAGAUUCAGAUAAAGAUGAGGCAAGCUAUUGCCCCCCAGUGAAAAGGGAAAGGACCUCGUCAUUCCCACCCCCACAUUCUGUUCCCAAGAACAAUGUAUUCAUGCCCUCAAGUUUCUGCCAGUCUCCAACUGGGAACUCUGACUCUGAGCCAGAGGAGAAGCCUGUGGGAUUCCGUUUAAAGCCACCAACUCUCAUACAUGGUCAGGCACCAAGUUCAGGUGUCCCAAGUCAGAAACCCAAGGAGCAGCAACGCAGUGUCCUCCGCCCUGCAGUUCUCCAGGCACCACCCUCUAAAUCACAUUUAGAGUCUAAUUCCAGUUGUGGAACCAAUGGUGUGAAAAAGUCAUCGGAUGGGCCACUCAUGGCCACGUCACUCUUCCUGAACAACACAGAGCACUCGGCCACCCUCGUCAAGUCACUGAAACAUGAAAAUAAGGAAGAUGAAGCAAGUGGCAACAAAGAUGAUAGUGGGAGAGAGAAGGAAGCGGAUGUAGCAAUAUCUUUUGUGUUCGGUCAAAAUAUUAAAGACAGAGCAAAGUUGGAAGAGAACAGUACAGAAGACAAGUCAAAGGACGGUGACUCCCAAUCAGAGGGCACUAAUUAUUUCUUACAGUACACUUCUACCCCAAGUUCGAAAAAUGCCGCAAAUAGUACAGACAGUGGGGCAAAGUUUGUUUUUGGGCAGAACAUGUCUGAAAGAGUCCUGAGCCCACCUAAGGGCGAGUCUUCAAAUGAGGAAAAUAAAGAGGCUCCGGCUACACCUGUUUCAGAGCCUUCAUCACAGGAACCCACCCCAGAGAAGGUGAACAGUGUGUCAGAGUCUUUGGAAGAGUCUGCAGCAGCAUACACCAAAGCCACAGCCAAGAAGUGCAUCUUAGAGAAAGUUGACGUCAAAACCGGAGAGGAAUCGGAAAGCAAUGUUUUACAGAUGCAGUGCAAGUUAUAUGUUUUUGAAAAAAAUGCUCAGUCGUGGAUAGAAAGAGGUCGAGGUUUGCUGAGGCUGAACGACAUGGCAUCAACAGACGACGGCUCGCUACAGUCACGUCUAGUGAUGAGGACCCAGGGCAGCCUCCGGUUGAUCCUCAACACUAAACUUUGGCCCCAGAUGCAGGUGGACAAGGCCAGUGAGAAGAGUGUACGAAUCACUGCCAUGGACACAGAGGACCAGGGAGUCAAGGUCUUCCUAAUAUCGGGUAGCUCUAAGGACGUAGGUCAGUUGGCUGCAGCGCUACAUCACCGCAUCUUGGCCCUGAAGAGCAGAGUGGAGCAGGAGCCUGAGGCACCACCAACAACCAUCCCUGAGGCCAAGAUACCACAGUCCAACGAAGACGACAGCGACGAGGAAGGCAACGCUUCUGCUUCUGCUUCAACUCCUGCUACAAGUAACUCAGAGGGAGGAGAGAGCCAGGCAGCAGGAAGCACAUAGCGUCACAAAUGGACAGCCUGCUAAAAUGCUGCAGUUAAGGCUUUUUGCUGUGGGCAUCUCCAUGGACACCCCUUGACCAACAUGGGUCCUCCAGACCAGUACUUUUGGAUAUUAGAAGUCUAGCUCCAGGAAAUAACCCCCUGUGCCGGAGUGUCUCACCCAACUUGUGCAGUUCAUCUUCUCUGCAUUCAGCGUAAUAUCUGGAGUCGUUCUUUUUUUUCUCCCUCCCUCUCCUGUUUUGUGUUUUUAUUUUUGUUUUUUGAGUAUUUUUUCCCCUCUUCCCCAUAGCAAAGAUGAAGACUUCAAAGCUUUGGUUUGGGACUUUUCUGCUCAUCAUAUUGAUGAGCAUAAGGGUGUUUUCCUCUACAUUUUAAAGUAUGGCACAUGUUAAGACUGCAGUUUGUACUUUGGGACCUUUUUACUCACUCUACAGCCGUAAAUCUGGACAGCACACAUCCAGAGGAGCUUCAUACAGCGUAUUUGACUAGUCAUCAGUCAGUUGUUCCUACAUCAAGUCUCCUCCCCUUCCAACCCUCUCCCUCAUUCCAACAUUUCAACCAGUCUGUGCAUUAGGUUUUGGAAAAUGUAAUUUAUUUUGGGCUGUCAUUUUCAUCAGGCAUCAACAAGUGGGCUGUUUGUAAUCACCAGCCAUGACCUCUCAAGUUGUCAUUAAUAGCAGUUUCUUAUAUUUCCUAUUGACCUAUAUUAUAGUGAUUAAAAACCUGGAACCAUGCCGUUUCUGCUAAUGUGUGUGAACAAGGAAGACAAAAGGGCAGAAGGAAUCACCUCAAUUUUCUUUUCUUUAAAUUAAUAAAAAUGAGUUAGUCGUUCACCUUCAGGGCUUUUGUUUUUAUAUAUAUUUUGUUUUCAAUCAAAUUAACUCAUCAGUCUACAUUCUGCAUGUAACUGUUUUUUUUCUGUUUUCUUUUCAGCGUCCCAAGAGUUAAUUGUGUUGAUACAUUUUUUUUUUAUUAUUUUGAAAAUAUACAAUAACGUUUAAUGAAGAUACA